AUGAGGAAGAAAUUAGAGGUGCCGGAGAAAGCCGUAUACAAUGUCGUCACAUUGUAUAGGGAAAGAGGGAAUUAUUUACAACGCCUGGAGCUGUUUGAUAAAGCGAUACAAGCGUAUGAUGAGGCGCUCCGUUGGAAUAAAGAAGACGUUCGUUCCUUGCUGGGGCGAAGCGUGGCUCGUGCGAAAAUGACACAUUACGUGGGGGCUUUAGCCGACGCCGCAAAUGCAAACGAACUUGAUCCUGAAAACCUGACAGCUCAACAAAUCAGGGCUCAAACGAAUUACGAAAAGUGCGCCUUUGAGAAGGCGUUGGUGCUAGCCAGCAGGGGUCAGAGAAUUCGCCGGUGUCCACCUUAUUUCGCUAAUUGUGUCCGACAUGCCGAAGAAACGAUUCGAGACUGUGUCGGCAAAAGUGCUCACAAAGUGUUAUCGUCAGCCGGCAGUCUAUUGGAAAAGGCUCAACUCAGUAAGGAUUCUAUCGACGCUGAAGCUGUACAGGUGGUAACUAGGAAGCCGAGGAUGCAAACAAAUGACAAGCAACAGGUACAAGAAAUAUCCAGAGCAGAGAAGCAAAGGUUCGACCAAACAUCGCGGCUGAUGGCUGCAAAGUACUUAGGGUUAAUGGCCCACGAUAAGUACUUUCUCACUAGCUUAUGCAAAGAUGAGAGAUUGGUUUCAGCUAAUAAACAAGGCUCACGCAAAUUGCAAGAACUAGCAAAUAAAGCUUUGAAUGAUGUUGAAAAGCGACAGGCAGUUCUUCGAACUCGUCGACCUAUGUACGCAGCUUUAUCUGCUGGAGAAGAAGCCCGAGCCCGGCUCUCCAAAGCCCGUAAAGACCAGCUUCAAAGAACUCAAAAACAGCACGCCGAAGAUGCAAAACGACUAAUUCGAGUAGCAGAGGCAUCCCAAAAUGAAAGAGAUACCAGCAAAUGUCUUGAAAAUGCUGAGUUUGCCUUGGAACAGAUAACCAGAAAGCCAGCCAAUCUGCUUCCAAAUAAAGACAAGUAUCUACAAGAAUUGCAUAAUAUCAUAGCUAAUGCUUUCUUGGAUCAGAAACGUGUGAAGCAUACAAUGAGCGAGUCGGAUCGUGAGAAAAGGGCAUUCAUGCUGCUGGGAAUGUAUUUGUCCCGAGAACCAAGUCGAGACUCCAUCCUUAGGACGAGACCAGGACCGCCUCGGGAUGCUAAACGCCGUUUGCAAGUUUUGGAGCGUGGCUUGAAUAUGAGCGUGCGUCCAUCUGAGCGGUGUUACAUUUUGCAUGAGCUGGCCCGCCUGCACAUCGACACCAAGCAGUCUCAAAGGGCGCGGUUCUACGCCUUGAAGUGCCAGUCUGAGUGCCGUGCAGCCAAUCAAAGAGUGUGGUUACUGAAUGCCACGUUCCUAUUGGCUCGAUGUCAUUUGAUGCAGAACAACCGACCUGAGGCGCGCGCUGCGUUGAUUGAAGGCGCUUCUUUGGCGCGCAGCUACGGAUAUCAAGAUGUUGCUGAUUUUUAUGAUACGUGCGUCGAUGUGUCACUGGAAGGAGAAGUGGCAUCAACUGAGGCUGAACUUGAAAAACGAGAGAAGGAGAUGGUGGGUUUGAUGCAAGACGAUGACUUGAAAUCCGCGGCGCAGCAUCUAUUUAGAAAAAUGUCGGUUUUGCCAGCAAACAGGCGAUUUUCCAUUAUGCCUGGCACUCGUGUGGAAGAAGGUGCAUCGGCGGCCGCUGGACGCCGUCAAUCGAUCAUACCUCGCACACAGCAACCAACGAGGAUCGCUUACAAGUCCCGCCAUCCACUCGGAUUCCAAGACUUCGAUAUUUGAAAAAUUCCAAUUCCAAAUACCUUACCUAAACUGA